AUGAAUCGGAAGAACCAUCGACCAUCGCCAGCGUUGCUUCUGAAAAAAAUCGUACGGAACACCCUUUCUCGAUGGUUUGCUAUUGAGGUAGUCCACGGAUUCCAGUAUGUUACAGUAGAGUGGGCAAACUACACCUUCCAAAAUGGGCUCAGUCGACAACACAUCGUGGAUCCCUUUGGAGAGAAUGUGGCAUUCCACCGAAGAUACGUCAACGAAUACGAAGUCGAUGACUCCCGCUACCACCAACAGCAGCUGCAAGCGUAUGAGCCCGUGCUGACUGCCGUAUCACCAGAUGGCCUGUUCACAGGCAUCCUUGCGCAUCAUUGUCCAAUGCAGGAUCGCCUUGAGGAAGAUAAUCUGGAAAACAAACCGUUCCUGGACCCGCUUUUUCCUCGCAACUACACCUGUUCUAUAGAAUUGCGCAUCUACGACAAUACUAACCACAAGAUGUUGUCCAAAUAUGACUUUAAUCUUCCAGGGCACGACAGUCGCAUCAUAGGCUUUUCCCUCCACAACCCAGAAGAAAGAAACGGUUUGGAACAGUACUUUUUGACCAUGCUUUCCUGGGACCGUUAUCCUGCAGACCGUGAGGUGUGCCGCUGCAGAGACAAAGCCGGGUGUAUUUUGGAACCGUGGUCUGCUGUUUGUCAUCGAAAUCAAUAUAACUUGACAAAGAACGAUGUGUACGUUUGGAGCAGUGGGAUUGGCCUCUGUCACCGGCAACGGGACGAAUGCGACCUUUUCCUCUGCGUUAACGACUGCAGCCAGAUCCCAAUUCCCAGCAGCUCCGCAUGGUCCUGCAGUCCCGGUUCAGACGACUCCGAAUGCUGGGAAGCACCAGCGAUCGCUGGCACGCUGGGGGGCCGUGCGUCAGUUGGAGUCGUUCGUCUGGCGGCUACCGAGAAGCCACGAGAUCUUGCCACCGAGUUCCAAGGGUUCAAGCAGCGGUGGCAAAGCUCGAUUAUUUUCUAUCCAGAUAACCCGUACUUUAAUCGCGCUCAGAUUUUCAAAUGCUCUGGGGGAGAAAAGACAUAUCGUGGAAUCUUCCAGGUUGACGUAGGCGCAACAUUUGAGAACCCUGAUAUACCGAGUACCGCGCGAGUUGUCCGGAGCUGUUAUUUACGAGAAUACAAUGACGCCGAUCCCAACAUACCCCAAGAGCUUCUCGCGGGGGAGGGCGCUUGUGCUGGCUGCGAGUCGUGGGGAGUGGUUACAGACACUCAGUGUACGGGAUUCACUUCCUGGUGCGUUUCAUCUUACGGGUCUUCCCACGCUCCAGGUAUAUAUCUGAAUGGAAAGUUCAACCGAGUGGGUACCAUGUUCCUCAGCACCUGGGACCUAGCAGGAUACACCGCAAGGCAGCUUGGAAAUUACCGCUACGCGAAUCUCAGAGUUGCCCAAGUUUUCCCUGUCGAAUCUCCGACUAACAGUUUCGCCUCACUCAUGUUUGACAUCUUCUACGUCAUCGAUUUUGUGACCCCGUCGGAACAUAUGCGAUGGGGCCCAGUGGCUAUGUCUGAGCUGCGUGUGGCACGGUGCCAGCAGAAGCAAGAAGAAGCGACAGUCAGUUUCACCCUCCUGAACCACGAUACCUUGCGCCGAGCCUGGGCGCCCGAGCUGUUGAAUGUGCAGGCCUUCAGGAAGAAUCCUGACGUGGUUAUCGUUUCCGAAGAUGCAAUAGAGCAAAACACUUCGUUCGUGGUCUACAGUCAGGAUAAACUGGGAGUGGCGUCUUCAUUCGACACAGUGUUGAGCCCCAUUGCAGCUCUCGCGACGGGGAACCGAUCGUAUGGAAAUCGUUGGGUGGACGCUAACAGCGGGAGGACGGAAGUCUCUGGGCCAGCAGUCACACUGCGUCUUGGGCAGAUGGUCCCUCUUGAUAACGAAGUUACUGGCGGGCAAACCUGGGCUACUCCGAGGUUCACUGACGAACGGUCCAACAAGCUACGUCACGCACUGGCCAUGACAGCUCAGCUCGCCGAAGCUUGCCCAAACAGCAGGCUUCCUCAGCCAGAUUCAGAGAUGUUCAACUCGACAGUCUUGACCGGUGCCGUGGACAGGAAUAUUCUCACCGCAGGACCUACAUUCGCCGGCAGCGCGUCAACGAGCGCCACAUUUUAUUUGGACGAACUGUCUGACAUAUGGGAAUUCGUGGCCAUCUUUGAGAGAAAGGUGAGUCAGCAAAGGGAUGACCUCUACUUCAUUUUCCAUCACACCGAGACAGCCGAAGCAGCCAGACUAAAAGGGGGCAUUGGCGGCGACCUCCCAAUACCGUUGCCAGCACCCCACCAGAAAGGCAUGUACGAGGCAGAACAAGGAGUUGUGUACAAGUGGAGUGAAAUGGAUAUUCGAGGAGUCAGGGCGAUCUCUAUCCGCUAUAAAACAAAAGGAGACUUCCCCGCAACUUUGAAAGAGCUGCAAGUGAAGGGUAAGCCACAGAACUGCCCGCCACAUGGGUUCUUCGCGGACUCUUCUUGCCCGAUCGUCGAAUUCCGUCCGAACAGCGUCAAGGAGCUGGAUUGCGAGGGAGAGUGGGGAGAGUGGUCGAUGUGUGACCAGCAAUGCAGGAAGACAAGGUUCUUCACCAUAAAGAGAAAUCCACGACCAGGCGGAAAGCCGUGUCUGCUGCUUGAGAAGCAACCCUGUGAUGCUUGCGAAAUGUGGUUCACGGGAGGGUCUUCCUCCACAGUUGCCCCUUCAACAACCAGGUGGUCAACCAGAUCGACGACUCGUACCACACGAGUCAUCACGAGAAGUACAUCUACGACGAAUGAGCCUAUGAUGAUCGGCAGCAUGCCGUGGUAUUUCGUCGUUGCCAUCGGAGCCGCCAAUGCAAGCCUGCUGCUUGUUAUUCUGGGGACAGCAUGGUGUGUAUUACAGAGGCGCCACAGACAGCUCUCGAUCACCUUGCAGAGGCAAGAGAGCCGAGAGCUGGCCGAGGCAGAAGAAGAGGCCCACAACGCCGAGGCAUUGGCUGCAGCCGCAAAAGAGGCUGCCGGUAGGACCGUCGAGGGCCCCUCUCUCUCUUUAGAGCCUGAGGCUCAUACCGCCACGAUAAACUUGACAGGUUCCACUCCUGCGAACCUCAAACAGCGGGGCCGGAAAACCAAAAACAAGAGAGGCAAAAAACUCGCCACUGACGUGCCGCUACUCCGUGCGCCUAGCUCCACAGAAGACCUUUUCGAGACAAUGCCGUGA